AUGGAACCACAAGAUCCGCAGCUGAAGGAGGACAUCAGAACCACGGUAAGUUACAUAAAGCAACAUGGUGUUGAUUUUGAGAAUAAACUACUAGAAGAUGAGAAAUUCUCAUUCAUUAAGAGAGAUGACCCCUUUCAUGAAUACUAUGUUAAAAUCUUGAACGAAGCAACAACUGAUAUCAGCAAUAAGGACGAUGUGGGGAAAAAAGAUCGGGAGAUAGUGAAACCACAAGAUUUUUUGUUCUCCCAGUAUGAUACUGGAAUAUCCCGAAAAGAUAUGGAAAUAAUCAAGCUGACAGCACGUUACUAUGCCAAAGGUGGAAACAUUCUUGAACACAUAGCUUCAAAGUAUGGUAAGGACAGAUUAAGCUUUGUAAACAGUUCACAUCCGUUACAUAAGACUUUUGCUGAUUUCGUCGCUCAAUACAAGCAGAUAAAUUCCUUUAAUGGUCAAGAAUUAAAAAAAAGCAAAAGGGAUAUCGUUGAUGAGUGUUUUACUAGAGCACAGUAUUUGGAAUUUGCCGAAGAUCAAGAUCAAGAGUACGAUAAACUCGUGGAAUUAUGUAAAAUACAAUUUGCGGCUAUCCCAUGGGAUAAAUUUACCCAAGUGGCAAAAUUCUCUAUUCCUGAGGACACAAAUGAUUUACCAGAUGCUCUAGAUUUAUCGCAGAUGAGGCUGCGAAGGGUACAACCUGAUAUUACGAUAUUUGACAAUAUUGGGCCUGCAAAAGAAGAAGAAAGGCAUUCACCUGACCAAGCCAAGCCAAAAGGAGGGAUUUCUAAGGGUAAAAAACGUAAGAUAAGAGCAGCUGGAGAGACCAGACUAAAGAAAGGCAAGAUAUAA